UCAAAACUGUCAACUCUAUGGCAUAACCUUUUUGUGGAAUUACGGGGUUCAAAAUUAUUUCUAAAAAUUUGAAUUGAAUUAAAAAUGAAAUAAAAGCACUAUCCCAAACACAGAACACGUAAUAAUAAUCCCAAGGGUCUGCUCUAGUUAAUUUGUUGUAAGCUACUGUUACCUACGUUUUAAAUUAUCUUAAAAAAAUUAAACAUUCGAUAAAAUGCUGGGAACUAAGUUAAUAAAGUUUGUAAUGAGAAAUAAUAUAUUGAAACAAAACAAAUUAGCAACAAUAUCAUCAUCUUUGCAAUGUCAACAACUGCGACACAAAAGUGAUCUCUAUGAGCCAGAUUAUCUCAUUAGUAUGGAACCUGAUGAGCCAGUUUAUGAUUGCCUGAAUUUGCAAUUAAAAGGAUAUGAUUUUGCAUUGUUAGAAGCUUGCCAGAGUCAAAUCCACAGAUAUGCUGAAGUCAUGGGUCUCACAGUUGAUGAAUGUUGGGCGACACCAGCACAACAACUCAAAGUGCAGCGUUUCAAACCCAAAGGAACUGCAGUAGAUGCUGAAUAUCACUUAAAUAUUUAUGAAAGAAAUGUACAGGUGAGCGACGUGCCGGCCUGGGCGCUGGGCACGCUGCUGCGCGUGGCGCGCGCGAGCCUGCCCGAGGGCUGCUCGCUGCGCGUGCACGAGCACGCCGUCGAGCACGAGGAGGUGCGCUACGUGCCCGACAACCAGCUGCGCGAGCUCAAACAGCAACGAAGACAUGGGCGGCAGCCGCGCCGACAAGAAGAAGAGGAAGUAGCGCGUGUGUUGAUUUAUUAAAUAGUGCGUUAUACAGGGUGUUAGGUAAAUGGGUAUAUGAGCCGACACUAGCCCAUGAUAACAUGGUCAUAUAAUAAUAAUAAUAAGCCCCGCAGGGCAGCUUUGUGGCGAGCUGUUGGUGAGUAGCGACACCACGGGGCCAGUUGUUAAUCCGAGUGCUCCCGAGAGUCGGUCAAGACCCUCGUCUUCGGCUUGCCGAAGUGGAAUCCGAGAGGGUCUGCAGGACUUUCACCUCUGGCUUGCCUUAACCGGCCGGCCAGAGUGGAGUCGCUAGAGCUAUAUGCUCCAGGGGUGGAAGUGUUAAAGGGCAUAACGCCGCGAGUAACCUCGGAGAAAGCGCAGCACACCUCUCUACACCCCUGAGCUGGCAGACGCCAAUGUUGCCCCUCAGUCCGGCCUAUACGACCCAUGACGCCAGGGGGGGCCCAUUUAGUCGCUGGCUAGUCACCGCCUGCCAUUUUUUCAGUCCGAGACUAUGAACCAGGCAGGUGUCCCGUAGUCUCCAUCCAUAGCCUAGUAACCAGUCCAUCCAUCCUUCAUCCAUAACCCUAGUCCAUUCUCCAAUAACUGCAAUAGCUCCUGUGCACAGGCUGGGGAUGGUCUCUGGCUACAUCCCAUGAUAUAGUCAGAGACUAGAUCCAGCAUGUGCACCACUUUCACUUUUGUCGAUUAUUUUGCGCUUAAAACGGCCUCUACGUGUUGGAUUAUUGGAUCUGUAUCCCCCAGGAGACAGUUUUACAGAUAUAAAUGCAGUAGCAUGGGUUGGCACCCGGGGCGAUCACCCCCUCUCCCC